AUGCCCGAUGCAGGCUACCGGACGUCCGGAGAUACUAUGCAAGGUACUGAAGUCCGCGUCACCGUCGAUAUCUAUAUCCUUGGAGGAAUUAUCGCCGAGGGUCGAGAUCGGCGGGUAUUAAAAGGCGAGCGGAAGGAUGGAAUUGACACCUCAGAAGUGACUUCGAUUGUCCUAGCCUUCGCAUCAAUGGCAAUGAGAAUCCUCUUCCUCAGCCUGGCUGCUGUCAGUGCAGUGCAAGGCCGAGUGGCCGGCACUCGGACCAGCCUCGGUAGCCGAUCCAGCUCUGCUGUUUCCUCCGCAGAGUCGCCGACCGUGUAUAUCGACACAUACGAGAGUACUGUGCAAGGAAACAGAUCAGAGUACAUCAACUCUGUAUACAACUUCAAGCGCAUUCCAUUUGCCGCCGCUCCGACGGGCGAGUAUCGCUGGAAACACCCCCAGCACGUCUCUAGCUGGACAGGAGUGCGUGAUGCAACUUACUUUGGUCCGGACUGCCCUCAGCUCGGGUCCGACAACUACGACGAGGAUUGUCUGCACUUGAACAUCUGGACUCCUGAUACCGUAAAUUUCACUAAUGUGAAAAACAACAGUGAGACUGGUAUCGGUGUUGUACCUGUCGACUCUUCAAAGGCCCUGCCUGUAUACAUGUUCUAUCAUGGUGGACGUUUCGGAACUGGCUCUGCGACCCAGUCAACAUUUGAUGGCGCCGGACUUGCUGCCAAGGGUGUCGUCGUUGUGACUGUCAACUACCGUCUCGGUGCUCUGGGCUUCUUGUCACACCCGGAAUUGAGCAAUACCUCUGGAAGUGGAAGUUCCGGUAACUACGGACUGGUUGAUCAACAGGCCGCAAUGCAUUGGACAAAUGAGAAUAUCGCCUCAUUUGGAGGUGACUACAAGCGCAUCACACUUGGUGGGCAGUCUACGGGUGCUGCUUCGGUGCUCGAUCAUCUCAACAGUGAACUAGCCGAUGAUCUCUUCGAGCAGAUCAUUGCGGAAAGUGGCGCCGUAUACCCUUCCAACCCGAUGAUCGGCAGUUUGGCUCAGAGCUACCGCCAGUUGGGUGAAGCAGAGAAGCAAGGCGUAUCCUACCUUUCCAGCAUCAACCUCCACAACAUCUCGCAAGCACGCUCGGCCCCGGUUGAACUCUUCUUGAACAGCGCCAACCUGAACGACGUCACCUUCAAGGAUACCGUUUUCGCAAACAACUCGGCCUACGUCGAACCUCCUCUCUUCCGACCCGUUCUCGAUGGAUAUGUGCUUCCCGCCACUUACGAGGAGAUGCUUGUCCGUGGAAACCACACCACCGCCCCCGUCCUCACAGGAGGCAACCUUGACGAGAACGGCGCAACUCCGAGCCCCGGAAUGACUGUCAAGAGCUACAAAGCUCAAAGCGAGUACGAGUUUGGCAGCGUCGGACUAGCAGAAGAAUUCUUCAAGUUGUACCCUGCUGGCAAGACCAGCGAAAGCGCCGAUACCGCCAUCAACACCUUCUACCAAGACCAGACUCGAGUCUCACUUUGGCUCUGGGCAAGUGAGUACCUGGCCGGUUCUGCGCGCAACACAUCCGGCAAUGGAACUUACCAGACAUACAACUACUACUGGACACACGCACCACCUGGACAGGAGAAGGGCGCUUACCAUGGUAGUGAACUCAACUAUGCGCUCAACAACCUGUAUGCCGUGGACUUGCCUUGGACGACCGAGGAUUAUGAGAUUGCCGAUAAGCUGUCCAGCUACUGGGUUAAUUUCAUCAGCACAGGAAAUCCGAAUGGCAAGGGUCUGCCUAGUUGGCCCGAAGCUAGUGCAAAGAGUGCUGAGAUUAUGGAGGUCGGUGAUGCUUGGAAGUCAGUCAGUGUUGCUAGCGAAGAGAAGAUCGCUUUCAUGCGUCGUUGGUUCUCUAAGUGGCCCGUCUAUUAA